UUUGCAGCUGCAGUCACAUGACUGUGUUUCCUUAUUCUGUUCUUUUCUGCGAGACGAUUAAAAAGAUUCUAAUGUUCGUCAGGUUUAACAGGAUAGUAUGAUCCGGCACAUGGGAUUAAUUACACCCCCGGGGCAAACAGGAGGAUUUCUGGAUCUGUGAGAUUUAUUAGUUUUCUUGAUGAGGAGUAAACAGGGCGGUGUGAUUUGACGCAUCCUUGGUGGGUUAGCUAGCUUAGCUCAGCUCAGCUCAACUCAGUUCUCCGAAUCAAAAGCAGGUAUCAAUCUGGUAAAGAAAGAGAUCAGAUAAUGACCCAGAGAUCCUUGUAGGCGUUUCUGUUCUCACUGAAAUCCCCUUCAACAAGUUCACUCUGCCCGCCUGUGAGAAAGUAAUCAGACAUGUCUAAGUACACAAGUUUUCCCGAACCCACUGAGGAUCACAAUCCAUUCCAGGAUCCUUCAGUGACCCAACACAGCAGCAGCAGUACAGAUUACCCCACACUGGACCUGUACAACCCCUUCGACACCAGGGCGAGUAGGCUUCCGCCUCCUUAUGAGGCUGUGUCACCAACGGCACCACCCACCAUCCCACCUCAGAUGCUGCCUGCCAGGACCACGCCCACAGAACCCAGGAAUUAUGGAUCCUACAGCACACAGCAAUCUGCCGUGAACGCCACAACAGCUGACUUACUGAAGAAGCAGGAGGAGUUAGAGAGGAAAGCAAGGGAGCUGGAAAAGAGGGAGAGAGAGCUCGACUCCCAAAGCCGUAACGCAGGAUCCUCCUCUCUGAAGAAUUGGCCUCCACUGCCGUCUUUCUGUCCCGUGGGUCCAUGCUUCUAUCAUGACAUCAACGUGGAGAUCAGCCAGGGCUUCCAGCGCAUCGUCACUACCAUGUACUACUAUUGGAUGUGUUCAGUUUGCACUCUGGUCUUCAACUUCAUCUCCUUCCUUGCUCGUUUUUUUGUGGAUGUUAAGGGUGGUAUAGACUUUGGGCUAGCCAUCGUCUGGCUUCUGCUGUUCAUCCCCUGCUCCUUCGUCUGCUGGUACAGGCCUGUGUAUAAAGCAUUCAGGAGCGAUAGUUCCUUCAACUUCUUUUUGUUCUUCUUCAUCUUCUUCGUCCAAGUGGUGGUGUACGUGCUUAUGACUAUUGGCAUUCCUGGCUGGGGCUUCAGUGGAUGGAUAGUGGGGCUGGCUGCAUUAAAGACAAGUACACCAGUUGGGGUGAUCAUGCUUUUGAAUGCAUUGGUCUUUACAGCUCAGGCUGCCAUGGGAGUGGUUCUGCUCAAGAAGGUCCACUCUCUCUACAGGCAGACUGGCGCCAGUUUCCAGAAGGCCCAGGCAGAGUUUGCUACUGGAGUGCUUUCAAACGAAGCUGUGCGCCAAGCAGCUGUGAACGCCACCGCCUCAGCAGCACAAGAGGCCUUCACUGGAGCACGUUAGCGUGAAGGGCACCAGGAAGUGGGUUGGGGAGAAACUGAGUAUGAGCCCCCCCCCCCAAAAAAAAAAGUCUACAGGUGUAGAGAGAGUUGUGUAGACUUUGAGACUUGCAGUCCAACACUGUUUUGAACCAAACACUAGGCCUUUUGGCUUGUGUGGGGGGAGAAAUGGAUAUAAUGGAUCAACGCAAAAUUUAAUAACUUGAUUUUCUUAAAUUAGCUUCAUAAUUAGCCUUGUUUAUCAUACCCUUGACCAUUUGCUGUUAUUUCUGAUUGGUAGAACAUGGUCUACGUGUUGGUGGCAGUUUUGGGGAUUUGUUUCUUAUUGAUGAUGGGACCGAAAAAAGUGUUAGGAAAGCACUGUUACAUAGAUUAAACUGCACCAUGCAGGCGUCUUUCUCUCUCGUUAAUAUGUAAAUGAUGUGUAAAUGUGAAAAUGCAACUUAUCCACAAAUAUCUAGUCACUCCAUUCUCAAAAAAAAAAAAAAAAACAUAUCUGCAGGAAAAACAAAUAUUUAUUUGAUAGUCAUAGGACAGUUACUUAUUUUCUUUUGGAGGACAUGGAAUGGUUUGUUAAACUGCUUGAAUAAAAUGUAAAGCACUUCAGCGGCAUCAGAAAUUGAAGGAUUCAUAAUUUAGACGAGGGCGUGCCUCCACCACGGUCAUCCAUGUGGAUUUUUUUUUUUUUUUUAAUCAAAAGAAAACUACAUACAAUAUAUAAUGCUUCUGACGGGUGAGGAAACCUAAAACGAAACCUAAAAGAAAAGCGUAUGCUAAAGGAUAAUACUGAUAAUCGCCUGUAUUAAAGUUGCUUUAUAAUCUUGCUAUGUAAUCUAUUAUUGUGUGCCAAAAUUCCCUCAGCUCUAUGGGAAAACGGUCAGGAGAAAGCUUGAUUAUUUUCGUCUCUGAUUACAAAUCCCUUUAUUUGUUAAAGAUCAGUGGCUGCAAUUGAACGUAAAGUUGUUGGCUUUGUGCUUUACUCAUGCAAUUGACACGGAGCCUUAUGGUUUAUUUUGACGAGUCAUUCUGCAUGGUGGAUUUCCUUUUCUCAGUGUACCUUGGUGUUGUUUGAAAUCGCUCGGUCUUAAAACAUCUUUGCCCAAGAGAUUUCAUGAUCCACCACCUGUUCAUUACUUGCUGUCCUGAAAGUCUGCAAAAUGUACAUAUUAUAUACACAACGAUGAAUAAUUAACACACCAUCAAAUCACCAACCUUCAUUGUCAUUUUGUGAGUAAAACAGUUCCAGACUGUUGAGUAAACCAGACAUCAUGCAGGAUCUUUUCAUUCAGUGAUUUGUAUGAAAAUGUAUAAACGCUACCUAACUAUCUUACCAUCCACCUCCUUUGUUUUCCUGUGAUGACCAAUCUACAUUUUUGCACAAUGCCAAAGGUAUUUAUCCAAGUAUGUGGCUUUUGUUUUUUCCUUCUCUCUCUCUGCACUGGAAGCAACUGAAUUGUUUGUGUUUUUUUUGUGUUUUUAUUAUUUUUUAAACCUGUUCUAAUGUACUUCAUCCAAGCCAUCCUGUUUUGAUAUCGGUGUGUCUGGUAAACACUGAAAUGUGCUGUUUGUCAUGUUGGUCUGUGUUCAUUUAUUUUAAUAAAAUUAAUAAAUUCAGCUCAAAGAA